AUGACUGAGCCGGACGACCGUCCAACAGCUGAUCAGCGCGUGGUGUGCGGAACCCGCUACUACUCGUAUGACAACGAUGCACAGCUGUCCGGCGUUCAACGACCGGCGGCAGGACACGAGUUCCCGAUCGUCUGCCCAGCAUUCCAGCGGCAUCGAACAUCGAAGUCAACCGACGAUGAGCCUCCACCACCUGGGUACAAGAUUGUGGAAUUACGAAAUUCACCACUUUACAUGCCAGUUGUGGCAAGAAGCAAAAAGGUGACUUUAAAUAAGAAGUGCUGCUUCCGAUUUGAACUGACAGCUGCAAUUGAUCUUCAGCGGAGGGCGUCGGACGCCGGCGCCUCGCAGUGUGCCUGCGGCCACCGCAUGGAGCGCUGGCUGUCCGAGCGACGCCUGUGGCUGCUGGGGAGCCGCCUGCCGCUGCUGCCGCGCAGGUCGCGCACCUCGUCGCGCCUCAUGGAGCGAUACGAGAAGCUGGCCAAGUUGGGCGAGGGCAGCUACGGUCUGGUCUUCAAGUGCCGCAACAGGGACACGGGUCAGCUGGUCGCCAUCAAGAAGUUCGUCGAGUCCGAGGACGACCCGCUUAUCCGCAAGAUCGCGCUGCGUGAAGUUCGCAUGCUCAAGAGCCUGAAGCACCCGAACCUGGUGAACCUGGUGGAGGUGUUCCGGCGCAAGCGCCGGCUGCAUCUGGUGUUCGAGUUCUGCGAGCGCACGCUGCUGGCCGAGCUGGAGCGCCACCCGCAGGGCCUGUCCGAGGCGGAGUCUCGCCAGCUCUCCUUCCAGCUGCUCACCGCCGUCGCCUACUGCCACGCCCAGGGCGCCAUCCACCGCGACAUCAAGCCCGAGAACAUCCUGCUCACCGCCUCGGGCGUCCUCAAGCUCUGCGACUUCGGCUUCGCGAGGCUCACUAAUCCCGGCGAGAGCUACACGGACUACGUGGCGACGCGCUGGUACCGCGCUCCCGAGCUGCUCGUCGGCGACACGCAGUACGGACCGCCCGUCGACGUCUGGGCCAUUGGUUGCGUAUUCGCCGAGAUGUUGCAGGGGCAGGCGCUGUGGCCCGGUAAAUCUGACGUAGACCAGCUCUAUCUGAUCCGCAAGACGCUCGGUGAGCUGAUCCCUCGGCACCAGAGCGUCUUCCGGACCAGCGAGUUCUUCUGCGGGGUGAAGCUGCCGCCCCCUGAGGCUGGCGAGACGCUGGAGCAGCGCCUGCCCAGCGCCUCCAACACGGCCAUCGACCUACUCAAGAAAUGCCUGGACAUGGAUCCUGUCAGGAGAUGGAGCUGCGAGCGGCUGUUGAAGCACCAGUUCUUCGACAACUUCCACUACGAAAUUCCUCAGGCGGACCUGGAGGAGUUCGAGAAGCUGCGGAAAACACGCGACAGAUCCAGAGAACAUUUUAUUGUUCUGCUGCCCAUUGGUACCAGGUUCACUCUAGAGAAAAACAAGAUUGCUAUCUAA